AUGGCUAAGUUCAAGGAGUACUUGAAGGAUUACUUUGUCUAUGAAGGAAAGGAAUGUCGAUAUAUUAGGAACGAACCAGAAAGAAUUAGGGCAACGAGUGCUAAAGAAGGAUGUCUGUGGUUAAUCUAUACCUCAUAUAAUUCUAGAGAUUGUUGCUAUCAGAUAAAAACUUUUGAAAAUAACCAUACGUGUGGGAGAGAUUUUGGUUCUAAUCUGGCCGACCGCAAGUGGGUUGCAAGCAAGCUGGUUAAGGUUUUGGAAACUCGGCCGGACUUGACACUAAAAGAGGCUAAGGAUCACAUGGUUGAAGAGUAUAAUGUGCAACUGCAUGAUAAGAUUAUCGCAAGAGCUUUGAAGGCUGCAAGGAAACAAGUAAUUAGAAAAAAAGGAGAACAAUACGGUAAAAUACAAGACAACUUAAGUGAGCUAUUAAGGAACAACCCAUGUUCCACUGCAAUGAUGUGGACAAUACCUCAACCAGAGAGUCUGGCAUUGUUUGAUAGGCUUUACAUCUCACUUGAGGCUUGCAAACUUCGGUUCAAGGCUGGUUGCCGGCGGUUGAUUGGCCUUGAUGGAUGCUUUCUAAAAGGAUAUUAUGGUGGACAACUCCUAUCUGGAAUAGAACAAGAUGGAAACAAUCAUUUCUUUAUUAUAUCUUAUGCAGUGGUGGACAGUGAAAACACUGAGACGUAUAAGUGA